GCUCCAGACCUGCGGAAGAGCACGGAGACGCUUGAGCCUGCCUCACGCUCCAUUCAACUCAGCUCCACCAUCUGAGCACGAUGCUGUCACGGACAGUAGUUGUUCCCCUGAUCUUUGCUUUAGUGGGUGUCGUCCUUUCUGCACCGCUAAGUGAUGGGACAGACAUUGAUGAGAAUGCCCAGGUCUUGAUAACAUUAAUGAAUGGAACUACAGAUGGAAAAGAUUCCUCAGAGAAAACAGAAGGUACAAGUGACUCAUCAGCUGAUACUACAGAAAAGCCAGAUACUGACAUGUCAUCAGAUACUAACACUGAUGCAAGCAAAGAUGAAACUACCAGUGCUCCAGAUUCCAUAGAUUCUGCUGAAGGGGCUACAGAAAAGAAGGAUUCUGCCAACACACCUGAAGUGGAUAUGAAAGAUCGCUCAGAUGGCACUGAUGAACAAUUAUCAGCUGAAGCUCCACAAGUUUCCACAGAUGACAAAAAGGAAGAAUCAGACACAGACAAUGAUUCUGCUGAUACUGACACAGCAUUUAAAGCUUCACAUGAAAUGGAUUCCCCAGAAUCUACCAAGGACAACACUGAUACUAGCUCUAACACAAAUGAGAACAGCAAAGAGCAAGACCUGGACAAAAAAUCUGAGCCUGAAGACAAAGAUGCAGUGGGCAAACCUGGGCAGGACACAGAUGGAGACAGCAAAGAGACUACAGACAAGGGAGACACUGACAAGCCAGAGACGCCAAACACAGAAGAGAAAGAUAUUGAUAGCUCAUUGGAAAAACAGGCUGAGGCCAGUGAACAUGACAAAGAAGUAUCAGAGAAAGAUAGUGACAGAGACAUGGCAGACUCCACAGAUGUGACUGUGACCAAAGACAGCACAGAAAACCCAGACAAGGUGAGUGAUAAAGAUACCACCACGGACAGUGACAAAGAUAGUGAUGGAGAUAGCGACAAAGACAGUGAUGGAGAUAGCGACAAAGGUACUGAUGGAGACAGAGAUAAAGACAACAUUAAUCGUGAAAGAGAUGAUGAUUCUGACAGCAUGGAGUCAAAGAAUGAAGAAGAUGCUGCAGACAGAGACAAGGAUGCCACCGAUGAUGUCAGAGAUGACAACAGCAAUGACAGCAAUAUGGGAAAGGCACAGGGAAUCGCACCUGGAGAGGAGGACAAGGACACUGAACAGGAGAAGACAAGUAAAUCAGAAAAGACCGAUGGGAAUACAGCUUCCAGAGGCUGCCAGGACAUCCAGAAAUCUCAGACAGGCUCUGUCAAGUUGGACUCUUCAAGCUCUUCAAGCAAAGAAGACAAAGAGAGCAGCAUUGAGUCUCAAGAUAAAAAUGGGUCAGACAGUGCCGAUCAAGGGUAUUGGGACAGCUCCGAGACAGAGGGAGGAGUCUCAGAUUACAAAAGUCCAGAGUGUCUUGAGCCUCUGGAAACAGUUGAAGUCACUGAGAGUGAUUCCAGGGUUGACAUUGACCAUGAUGACUCAAUGGAGGCAACAGAGGCAACAUCACCUGAAGAGCACACUGAGGAAGACACAGACGUAGACACUACUGAUGAAGAUGACACAGAUGUAGAUGAAGAUGACACCAUGAAGAAAGUUCCUGAAACUGUUCCCGAUAAUUCACCUGACCAGCCCGAUCGUUUAGAUGACACAACACAAGGGUCUGUUGUAGGAAGCAAUCCACCCCUAAGUUCCUAGCAUCCAGGAUGCUCCUUAAGAAAACAGUUUAACAGGGUCAUCAAAAUGAGUGACAGAAGAAAAGAAGAUAUGAAAGGAAGUGACCACUGAAGUGGUCACAAUAACAAGCCACCUUUUGAUUCUCAUUAACAUGUGACAUUUUUCAGACCUUUCUAUCUCUCCCCCAAAUGGUGAAGGGUCCUAUCUUGAGGGUUCUGGGAUGCAAAUUAAAUUAUUCAGCUGUUUGGUGUACAUUCUAUUUUUAUAACUGCCUUCAUUCUACAGCUCAACAAAUUCAUGUUUUCCUGUAUUUGGUAUGCUAAUUCCUAUUUGUUUUCAUUUGUGGUGAAAAUAGUUGCUAAAGUUCCAGAGGUGAAAUGUAUUUCUCUUUGUUCCAAUUUUGAAACCCAUUAAGUGGUAACUAUUAAAAUGUUUCUUUUGGGGGUCCUAAAGGUCAAGGUCAGUGAUGAGAGAAUGAUGCUGAUGCACCAUAUGGGGUCUUCUCUGCUAUCAUUUGCUUUGCCAGAGUAAUGGUCCUUGUGAUGAGACAUAUUUUGUCUAUUCAACUACUGCAGCUUCUUCGCUGACAAUAUUUUUCUGACUCUCAACUAAAUGUCUGUUAUUCCAAAUCUCAAAUGCUAUUGACAUACUAUAGAUGUUUUCUACGAUAAAAUAAACAUGUACAGACAGUUUACGAAACAUCUUUUAAGUUCCUGUCUCUGAAGAUAUAUUAACUAAUAUUAUAGUGAUGUUAUGCCACCGAUUGUUUUUAAAUAAUUACUGAAAUAACAGAUGUAUAAAAUUAAUACCACUUAAAUAUGUACACAGGGAGCAAUUCUAAUAAAGACUGUCAGACAAAAAAA